AUGCGUCUACCGCACUCUAACAACGCCACCACACCUCUCAUCGCCACACCCGCACCUACACAUUGCCCUUCCCUGCCAUCUCCCCAAUAUUACCUCACUCGUCUAUCUUACUCCCCUCACCCUCUGUGCCCCUCCCUGGCCUGUAUCUGCUCCCUGUCUUUCCACCCCCCCUUGUCCUAUAUCCCCGCUAUGUCCUUUCUUUGCGCUUUCUCCCCAUGCUUCCCUCUCUCCCCUCUCUUACUCCCCUCACCCCUCCCUGCCCUCUCUCCCCAUACCAUCGUCUCUCCCCUCUUGUACUCCCCUCUCCCAUCCCUGCCAUAUCUGCCCACCCCGUCCCCUCUCCCUCCCUGCCACAUCUCCCCACCCCGUCCCCUCUCCCAUCCCUGCCAUAUCUCCCCACCCCGUCCCCUCUCCCAUCCCUGCCAUAUCUCCCCACCCCGUCCCCUCUCCCCUCCCUGCCAUAUCUCCCCACCCCGUCCCCUCUCCCAUCCCUGCCAUAUCUCCUCACCCCGUCCCCUCUCCCCUCCCUGCCAUAUCUCCCCUCCCUGCCCUCUCUUGACCCCAUGCCCUCUCUCCCUCUCUUCCUGA